GGAGGCGGCGCGAAGCCCUCCGCCCCCUGCGGCGGAGCGGGGCGGCGAGGCGAGAGGAGCCGGAGGGGUGCGGGGGGAGCCUCUGCCCUCCUUCCUCCCGCAGCCGCCGCUCGGCAUGAGGAGAAUCAGGGCUAAUGCCAUCGCCAUCCUGACCGUCGCCUGGAUCCUGGGCACUUUCUACUACUUAUGGCAGGACAACAAGCCGCGCUCGGCGGCCGGCGGUAGCGGCGGGCAGAGGGCGGCCGGCAGGCUGGAGAUGCGCCGGGAGGAGAGGACCAUCCCCCUCCUGAUGACAAGGGCUCCCCAAGGAGAGAAGAACAGCCAGAGGGGCUUUGAUGAAAAGGCUUACUUGUCCUCCAAGCUGCUGAAGGCCGGAGAAGACCCCUAUCGCCAGCAUGCUUUUAAUCAGCUAGAGAGCGACAAACUCAGCAGUGAUCGGCCCAUUCGGGACACCAGGCACUACAGGUGCACUUCUGUACGCUAUGAUGCAGACUUGCCAGCUACCAGCCUCAUCAUCACCUUCCACAAUGAAGCGCGUUCCACCCUGCUGCGCACAGUGAAAAGCGUCCUGAACCGCACCCCUCCCAGCCUCAUCCAGGAGAUCAUUUUGGUAGAUGACUUCAGCUCAGAUCCUGAAGACUGCCAGCUCCUCACCAAGAUCCAGAAGGUCAAGUGUCUACGAAACACCAGGCGAGAAGGGCUGAUUCGCUCUCGGGUUCGAGGAGCUGAAGUGGCUACUGCUGACGUCCUCACCUUCUUGGACAGUCACUGUGAAGUCAACAGCGAGUGGCUGCAGCCAAUGCUUCAGAGAGUGAAAGAGGAUUAUACCCGAGUUGUGAGUCCAAUUAUUGAUGUUAUCAGCCUGGAUAAUUUUGCCUACCUGGCAGCAUCAGCAGAUCUGAGGGGAGGGUUUGACUGGAGCCUUCACUUUAAGUGGGAGCAGAUUCCUAUAGAGCAGAAGAUGUCCAGGACAGACCCAACUCAGUCUAUAAGAACCCCUGUCAUAGCGGGAGGCAUCUUUGUGAUCGACAAGUCCUGGUUUAACCAUUUGGGAAAAUAUGAUACUCAAAUGGACAUCUGGGGAGGAGAAAAUUUUGAGCUCUCUUUCCGGGUGUGGAUGUGCGGUGGCAGCUUGGAGAUCGUUCCCUGCAGUCGAGUGGGACAUGUGUUCAGGAAGCGCCAUCCCUAUGACUUCCCUGAGGGCAAUGCGCUGACUUAUAUCAAGAACACCAAGCGCACAGCAGAAGUUUGGAUGGAUGAAUACAAGCAGUACUACUAUGAGGCCCGGCCAUCUGCCAUUGGCAAGUCAUUUGGGAGUGUUGCAGAUCGAGUGGAACAGCGACGCAAAUUGAACUGUAAAUCCUUCCAGUGGUAUCUAGAGAACGUCUACCCCGAGCUCAAGGUGCCUGAAAAGGAGCUGAUUCCAGGAAUAAUUAAACAAGGAGGAAACUGCCUGGAGUCUCGGGCACAGGAUACUACAGGGAAUACAUUGGCUGGCAUGGGAAUCUGUAAAGGAACAGUGAACAAUCCACUUGUCACUCAGGAGUGGGUAUUCAAUGACCCUUUAAUUAGACAGCAAGAAAAGUGUCUUUCCAUUACCUCCUUCUCUACUGGCUCUCAAAUCACACUGGAAGCCUGCAAUCAAAAAGACGGCAGACAGAAGUGGAAGAUGAAAGGCAGUUUCAUUCAACACUUUGUCAGCGGUCUCUGCCUGGAAAACCAGACUGGGAGAGUGGUGACCAACCCUUGCCAAGCAGAUGUAUCUGGCCAACAGUGGGAGCUGCUACAAGCAACGUGAUGGUAGCACAGAGAUCUCUGUGUUUCUUUGUGCAUGAGACUUUGGGAACAGAGGGGGAUUGGGAAGGGAGGUAUGGUUUUGUAUGUCUGACCCUAAAUGUUUUCAUUGUGUCGAUCAGCAAACUACCAUUUCAGUGGAGCACUUGGCGGUUUUGAGCUUUUCAGAGAAGAAGCUGGGGGUGAGGAGAGGGAUGAGGGGAGUUGUUGAAAUCUUCCUAUCUGUUUUCUUAAGUUCUCCUUUGUAGCUGAUGUCUGUGCACAGCUGCACCCAGAGAGGGGGGAUGACCCAGCCCAGUACUUGGAGUGACCAGAACUGCCUUGCAGCGCUCCCUGUCUGUUCCUUUCUCUGCAUCCAGAGUCCAUGACCUUCAGUCCAACAGCUUAGACAAUGCUUGUACAAACAUUGAUAGCUCUUUGGAUUCCUUGGCUUUUUGAUCUAACAUCAUGCAUCAUUCAUGCAUGUGUGUCUCUCAGUGAGGACUGACUCACAUGAUGAGUGCAAGAACUGGGAAGGAACUAGCAGAACCUCAGGGCACGUGUGUAAUCUCUUUGUGGUGGGCCUUCCUCUGACCACGGUAGCUUCCCUGCAGCCAAAUGGGCUGAGGUUGGCACAAUGCUGACAAAAGAGCUGGGAAAGGGAAAGUCUGUUUUAGCAGCACAACCAGGGACUGUUUUGGGGACUAUUCCCUGUUGAAUUCUUGCUUCAAGUUUUUUACAGGUGGAAGGCCAGUCCUGCUUUCCAUGAGUGAUCCAAGCCUGCAGGCAGCCCAGCUGGACUUGAGUUCAGGGUAUCACCCUCUGACAGCUCUGCCUGGUGCUACCAGACACUGCCUGCUGCUCCACGCACAGAGCUGUGGGGACAGUGCCAGUUCCCUGCUGCGAGAGGCAGAAGGGGCAGCACGUAGCUCGUAGCAGGUUUCCUGCUGUUGGCUAGACAGGAGCAUAGCCCUCUCGAUAGCUCUCUGGCUCUGCAGGGCUUCUGUGAACACAGCCUGGCCUAACAAGCCACCCAACCUCUCUGUCUAGUUGCUUUUCUGCCUCUCUCUCAGAAAGAGGAGGUGAAAAGGCCUACGGCUGCACCACUUGCGAUGUCCAGUUUCUCUCCUGGUAGGCACCUUGAGAAGGUUAGUUGGUGAAGCUGAAACGGCCCUCUGCACAAAUGCUGCCGCAGUACAGGCUUAUUUCAAGAGAUUGCUCCUUUGUGUUCUGGAAAUACUGAAGAAAACUGGUGUCCUUAAGUAGCAUCCCAGUCCCGCUCCCACCUACCAAUCCAGAGUGUGGGUUUUCAGACCUGCCAGGGGAAGCUUAGCUAUUUAAAAAAAAACAACACAAAAACAUGAAAAAAAACACACCUUACCUUUUCCUAAUAGAUUUGUUAAGUUUUCCUCUUGGAGCUAGGUUUUGUAAACCAACCCUCCUCUCCAAGAGCCUACAAGGGAACUGGGCAGUGGGGCCAGCUUCAGUAAGCAAUCACUUGCCUGGAUCCUUUCUGAUCUGGUGUUGAAGAAACAGGAUGUUCAUUUGGAUUCUGAACAGCUGGCUGCUUUUGAUCAUGUUUGUAUCUCUUUUAAUUCUUUUCUUAUCUUAGUAUUAGCCCAAACAGUUGACAAAAGAACAGAUACUGUUCUUCAUGUGUUGCAUGUGCUCAGAAGGCUUGUGAGAACUAGAUUAUUUGCUUUCUGUUCUUGUUUCUUUUAUUUAAAAAAAUAAAAUUGGUCAUGUCGCAGGAGGUCUUUUCCUAUUUCCCUCUUCACUUUGACAUCAGCUCAUGAAUGACCAGCCUGCACUAAGAACUUGGGAGGCAGUUACAUUUGGUUCUAAGCUUACAACAUGGUGCAGUCACACUUCUGUAUGGGAAUGGGGGCACUAACUAUAGAGAUUUCUCUUUCCCUGUGUAGAGAUUCUUUGGGCCUGAACCACUGAGGACAGGAAAGAGCAGAGAAGGAAAGAAAAUAGCCUAGGAGGAGAAAGAGGGCAGGACAGAGAGGCCUGUCAGAGGAUGCACCAUCCUACUAGCAAUGUUUUUUUUCAAAUGAGAAUAUGCAGGAGGUGCUACUUCCAGAACCUCAUCAUUUGGCAGUAGUUUUCACAUACCUGGCUUGAAAAAAAUUGAUGCAAAGACAGACAGAAGAUCAUUGAGGAGGUACGUUAUAUAAACUCUAUAUACAAUGAGGUGUAAAGGAUUACAUAUUUUCAUAAAAAUGCAUCCUAAGUAGAUCAUCUGAGCUUGCCUCAUUUCACUCUCCAGCAGCUUAAGGGCUGCAGCUAACAGCAUGUUCGCUGCUCCACCAGGUACUGCUUCCUUCCUUUGUGCUCCCACUGUGUGUGCAGCGUACUUGCAGUUCCUCCUUCAGAACUGUACUGGGAUGAGGACCCAGCUUCUCUACAAACAAUUCUCCUGACUGCUGCAGACCACGGGGGCUCUGCUUAUGCAGCCUCCAAGCUCUGGGCCAGCCUUGCUUCAAAGGGCUCUUGUCAGCACGCUGGCUACUGCCUUUGACUGUGCUUGGCUCCGAAGUUAAAGGUUACCAACUGUUCCCGGAGCAGGGGUACCUGGACUAGCCACGUUGAUUUGUGCCUCUCUUCCUGUGGCUUACCACCUGGCAGAGCGUGGACUGGUGUCCAUCUGGGGCUGUGCGCUGGGGCAGCUGAACAUUGGACACUCUCCUUCUUCAGGUGUCCCAGCCUGGAGGAGAAAAGGGAAAAGAUGGGCAUAUGCUAGAUGUCAAUAACUUAAAUUGCCCCUGGAGCUAGGAGCAAUCCGUGCUCUAACUCUACCUGAUUUUGGAUGUGUUCUCCAGAGGUCACUUCCCCACCACUGAAGCACUGCUCACCCGUACCUUCCUGUAGGCCCAAUGUAGACAAACCCCCACAUGACCUUCUGGGAGACAUUGGUUUCCAAUGGAUUUUUGCAAUUGCUGAAAAGGAGGUGUAUUAUAAGAGGGUGCUUUCCAGUAUGGGCAAACUAAAGUUCUCCUUGUCCAACUCAUAAUUGGCAUACUUUCCAUUUUCCUUGCGCUGAAGGGAAGGAUGAGCAAUGUUAUCUGUGCUUUUUUUCCCCAAGGUCCACACAGUGCCAUGUUUUGGAACAGGAUUCCAGUGGGGUUUUUGAAAGCCAGCUGCCAGAGCCCUCAAAUUUAGUCCAGUUAUUUGUUUUUUGAACAGUCGGAACAAGCAGCUGCUCGCCCUUGUUUUCCUGUUUACUUUAAACAGCUCUCUAGACUGUCAAGACAGAGCAUUUGCGUUGGUAGUACUGUUUGAGAAGCUGUUAUUCUAUCAGAUCAUCCAAUGUAAUUUUGUGUGCUGCGAACCAAUAGGGGUUUAUUUAAGAGGAGCUGAAACUACUGUUGUACAGAAAUCAAUUUCAAAAGGUUUAUUUUCCCCACUCAGUUGUAAGUUGCACUUUGCCAGAUGUAAUUUAUGUGAAGCCCAGAUUUGUUUUCCCUUUUCUUGAAGAAAGCAUGUGCCAGAAUCUGUUUAAUGCCUGGAAUAAAAUCCACUUUGAAACAAG